AUGGGCCUGCUUCUCGUGUCUGCCGUUUUCCUGGUCAUCUUCGAUGGCAUGAGAUCUCUGGAACUGAUGCCGGAAAUAUUCUUCGGCAAGCUCGACAGCUUUGCGCUCCUGUCUAUCCCGAUGUUCAUCAUCAUGGGCGCGUCAAUUGCCUCGACCAGAGCCGGUGCCGAUCUUUAUGAAGCGCUCGAACGCUGGCUGACGAGGGUUCCCGGCGGCCUUGUCGUCUCCAAUCUUGGUGCCUGUGCGCUCUUUUCCGCCAUGUCCGGAUCCAGUCCCGCGACCUGUGCCGCAAUCGGCAAGAUGGGCAUCCCGGAAAUGCGCAAGCGCGGCUAUCCUGAGGAAAUCGCCACCGGGUCGAUCGCCGCCGGCGGCACUCUCGGCAUUCUCAUUCCUCCUUCCAUCACAAUGAUCGUCUAUGGUAUCGCCACCGAGACAUCCAUUGGACGGCUGUUUCUUGCCGGGGUGAUCCCGGGCCUGUUGCUGGUAAGCCUCUUUAUGGCCUGGUCGAUCUAUGCAACGUGGCGCUCAGGGGAACGAUCGGCGGCACAAGUCAGCUAUUCCUGGAGUGACAGGGUAGAGAUCCUCCCGCGCGUUCUUCCCUUCAUCGCGAUUAUCGUGGGUGUGCUCUACGCGAUGUAUGGCGGUGUUGCGACACCGUCCGAGACCGCCGCGGUCGGCGCUCUUCUGUGCCUGUUGGUUGCCAUGGUGAUUUACAGGCUCUUAAGCCCCAGGUCCCUUUGGGCAGUUCUGCGCGACAGCACCAAGGAGAGCGUGAUGAUCCUUUUCAUCAUCGCGGCCGCCGGCGUGUUUUCCUACAUGCUGUCCAGUCUGUUCAUCACGCAAUCGAUCGCCGCCUGGAUCGGUGACCUUGAAGUCAACCGCUGGGUGCUGAUGGCGGCGAUCAAUUUCUUCCUCAUCGUAGCAGGGUUUUUCCUGCCACCGGUUGCAGUCAUCCUGAUGGCAGCCCCAAUCCUCUUGCCGGUAAUCGUCAGCGCCGGAUUCGACCCGAUCUGGUUCGCGGUGGUGCUGACCAUCAACAUGGAAAUCGGGCUGAUUUCCCCGCCGGUCGGCCUCAAUCUCUACGUGAUCAACGGAAUCGCACCGGAUAUUUCGCUCAAGAAGAUCCUGGUCGGGUCCCUGCCGUUCGUCCUCUGCAUGCUUGUUGCGAUUCUCCUGCUGUGCCUGUUCCCGGGUCUCGCAACUUGGCUUCCGGACCUCGUCAUGGGACCCGCUUACUAA